CUAAUGGCAGAUAUUGGCCUGAUCGGUCUCCCCAACGCGGGCAAGUCUAGUCUCCUCCAAGCCCUUUCUGGCGCAAAGGCCAAGAUUGCCUCUUACCCCUUCACAACCCUUCGUCCCCAACUGGCUCAAAUCUCCUACCCGGACCGUCGCGUUAUCAGUAUGACUGAUUUGCCAGGUUUGGCGGAUAUCGCCGCGAAGUUUGAUGUUUCCAGCCUCUCAGAGUCCGAACGGUCUAUUCCCGAGAAGGGCCCUCCCCCAGCCGUUGAUGAGACCCGGCUGCCACCCCUGACUCACACAGCUUUCUUGAAGCAUGUCGAGCGCACCUCCUGUAUCCUGAUUGUGUUAGAUGCUCUCGGAUUCCAAGCCAAUCAGUUUAGCCCUUAUAGAAGUCCCGUAGACAGUGCUCUGCUAUUGUGUGUAUUUCAGAUCGACUUGCCCCAUGCUGCGGAGGCGGCGGAAGAAGCCAAGGAGGCUCUGCGUGACAUCAAUUCGGCCAAGGUGCGGAAAGCUAGCUCUCUGCCUGGCAUCCUGCUUCCGCGUUAUCCCUUCGCCUUUGAGGACAUUUUUCUAAUCUCCGCACAAAAGCGCCUCAACCUUGAUAUUCUCAAGGAGGGCUUGCGGCACUGGCUAGAUGUCUUGGAAAAGCGGCGGCUCCAGCGUGACAUGGACGAAGCCAUUGGCCAGUCAGAAGGUCGGAUUCGCGCCGCACUCACUGAAUCCCUCCCCCCAACUUACUGA